AAAAAAUCGCAGUUGUCAACCCACCACUCGAAAAAAGUUGCCAGCUAGUGCUAUCUGACGCAAAGCACGACAGGCAGAGUGGUUCACGUCACAGAACACGAUUACAGAAUGGCACUAUUUGCUCCCGGAGGUUGGGCGCCCGUGCAGGUCGCGGGGAAGGCACUCCGCUGGUUAUGGCGCAAGAACAAGCCCAUCACCAUAGCUGUGGUGGCGGUGGUGGGUGUGGUGAAGAUCAGGCAGCACAUGAAGAAGCAGGAGAGGAGGAGGAAAUGGAAUGAAGCAGGCAAAGAUGUCGUUGUUCUCCACAUAUUUGAUCGUGGAUACACCUGCCCAAGUCUUUCACCUUUUGUAAUUAAACUAGAGACAUACCUCAGGAUGGUGGAUAUUCCUUACCAGAUUGACCACGAGGAGCCCAUGGGUGCCAAGGGAAAAUCUCCGUGGAUAACUCUGAAUGGCGAAGAUAUGGCAGACUCCCAGCUGAUAAUGGAGCAUUUGGGCCCAAAGUAUAACAAAGAUUUGAGCUCCGACCUGACAGCCCAGGAGAAAGUUGUGGCCCACUCGUUGCAGAUAAUGAUUGAUGAAUAUUUUCUGUGGUGUCUUAUUGUAUGGCGUUAUGUUCAAGAGCGUGGUCGUCCAUUGACCAACAACAUGUACCUUCCAAUGGGUAGUCACUUUUUGAUUUCCAUGUUCGUCAAGAAAGUCACUGAAGCAACCCGUCUUCAGGGUAUUGGACGUCAUAGCUUCGAGGAAGUAGAGGGAAUGGGUAGAAAGUGUCUACAAUCUCUUUCAACUUGGCUCGGACAAAAGCCUUUCUUGAUGGGAGACAAACCAACAGAGGUGGACUGCUCAGCCUUCGGAAUGUUAGCACAGAUUAUGUGGUGCUCCCAGAACUCUUCUUACCUAAAGAUGCUGGAAACUGACUUCAAGAACCUUUAUGAUUACUGUCAACGCAUGAAAGAGAGGUUCUACCCUGACUGGGACAAGUGUCUCAAACCCAGGCAGUAAAAAGAAUAAGAAAAAGAAAAGAAAA